AUGAACCCAAACUACCACCUGAAUUCUUUGGGAAAUACGUGGAAAUCACCAGUUGCUGAGCAGGACACCACAACCCCCCAACCCUUCUGGAGCAUGAAUGACAAACAAGAGCAACUGGCUAGUCCUAAGCAGCUCUAUAACCAGCUGUUUUGGGGGCUCCCUUCUCUGCACAGCGAAUCCCUGGAGGCUACUGCCUGGACCUCUGAGGGCUCUUCCACACUACAGUCUCCACCUUUCUUAUUCAAUGGCAUCUCGAAUGCCUGCCCAGUUCAACUGCAGCCUACAGUAUCUCCACUGCUUUCCCAUUCCCAGCCCAUGUCUCACUUGGAGUUCCCACCUCAACCCUUGUUUCCAACCGUGCUUCAAUUCCAGCCCCCACCUCUGGCUCAGCUCCAGACCUGGAGCCAUCUCCAACCCUCUGUACCAAGCCUACCGCUGCCUUCUCCACCUCAGAUUAGGGCUUGUGGAGUAUCUUGCCCCACAGCCCAGAAUAAGCCACAAUCUUUAAUUCCAAUUGAGAUUCAACACCCAGAAAGGCCCUUGUUGGAGACGCAACUAGAAAGUAGGUGGCAUUUAUCCUCUGUAGUCAAAAGAUCUCAGGAAGUCUUCAGGGUCUUCACUUCCAACCACCCCAAGGGCAGAAUCCUUCCUGAGAAUUUUCCAGUCAGGUCUGAGCUCCAGAAGCAACUGGAGCAACACCUCCAAAACUGGCAUAUACAACACAGCUGGGAGUUGUCCCCCAAGAUCCAAGAACCUCUGGAACUAAGGCAACAUCAGGGCGAAUUACCAGGGACAUGUCAGGCAAGGGGCAAGCAUGGGCCCUCCCAGCCCUCUUCAUUCACAGGUGAAAGCAGCAAGGAUGCACAGAAGAUGGGGAUCCAGCUAAGCCACAAUACAGGGAAGGUCCAAAAAGAUCUCUCCAAGGACUCAGAAAGCUCCCUAGUGACAAUUCAGAUGGUAGACUCUGAGGAGUCAGAAAGAGACCUGAUGCUUUUGAGGAGGGACUCCAGAAGUGAUUUACUGAGAAACUUAGACAAAAAUCCAGAAAACACCCUAAAAGGCCAUUUGAGCAGUGAGUUGGGGCAGAUGAACAAUAUUUUGAUCCCUAUGAGUGUGCAUGGAUCCUGGCUUGCUGUCAACCACUCUUCUGCCACAGCUGACACUCAUGUGGAAACCAAAAAUCUAGGAAUCUUAAAGAGUUGGGAACCCUGUGUGAACACCUCCCACAGGGUUUUCUUUCUUGAUACAGACAUUCAAAAGGUGCUAGAAGCACAUAUCACAAAGUUUCGGGUGAAGCACAGGUGGGGCCUGCCCCUCAAGGUGCUCAAGCCCACGAAUCUCAUUAAGUUGAAAAAGGCUAAAGCCUCACACACUCAGCAGUUCACCCUUCCCUCCUCAUCCGCCUCUGUAUCUGGGGCCUACCCGAUAGUCAAGUUUGCUGAGUUCCUGGGAAAUCCUCCUGAGGUCUGUCUGGGAGGGAGAGUGAAAACAGAAGAGUCAGUUCCCACACUAGCGAGACCUCGCCCUGGCGCCUCACCUGUGUGUGAGGAAAUCCAGAGUGUUCUGGGGGGGACUCCAUUUGGUGACGACCAUGGGCCUUCAAAGGCCUCUCUGACUAGAGAGAAGGGUAGGCCAACUUCUCAGUCUCUCACGCUAACCUGGCAGAGUGGGACUGUGGAGUGGGCUGAGAGGGGCAGACUUGAUCUCAGUCCAACUUCAGCAAUGGUCUGCAAUGAGCCAAGAGGGAAGACUAGGGGUGGGGACUCACAAGACCCCUACAAUAGGGUAACAAUGCUGGAGGUGAACUUAGGAUCCCAAUCUUUGAGGGCCAGGGAGACAAUGGAGGCAAAUGUGUCCCCUGCUCUUCAACCAGAGUUGGGAACCAAUGUACUGACAAAGUCCCAAAACAUAAAUGCACAUUUGAGGAGUUUAGGAGCUGCAAGGACCAGUAAAAGCUCCCUAUUCCCUAUAGUGUCUGUUCUCCAAGAUCCAGAAGAGCCAUGCCUUAACAAAGAGGUCGUUAAUGAAGUUAUGUCCAUAGUGAAGGUACAGUCAAAGAACCAACCUCAAGACUGUCCCACGGACAUGACCCUUGCUGCAGACAACUUGGCUUCUCAGAUGCGCCACUGCCACACCCAGAGGAUGCCCACUGGAGAAAGGCUAGCUUCCCAUGUGUUAUGUUGCCUUAAGACAGCCCUAAGGAGCAGCCUAGGGAAGCAGGAGCCCAAGAUCUCUAAUGUCCAGGACACUUGGAAGAAUCAGAGACAAAUGAUUGCCCCUACCUACAAGAGAGAGGACUGCAGGAGGCCUGACCCAGGAGAGCAUGUGGAAGUGCCUGAAAAUUUGGGGACCUCUCAAAUCAGUAGAAUGAGGCCCUCUGCCAGGGCUACAGGAACAGUAGACUCUGUUGACAGGAAAUACUUCCAGCUGCGGCCAGAGAAGAAACAGGGUCCUCCAGAAAGUUUCUUCAGACAAAGAAUGAAGCUCUUUUUACAGGGGAUUUUCCCCAAUAAAACACUCAAAGGUCAGGAUGCUCUGCAAAAAUACAAGCCCAAAUCAAUCACUGCCCAGAGCCAAGGACCAGUCCAAAGCAGAUCAGUUACGGACAACACGAUCCCUGAGGCUCAGACACUCUUAAGAGUUGUGGGACAGAUGCUAGAGGAGAAAGUGGCCAUUCAUCAUGGACUUCAUACCACAAAGUUAAAUGAGCAAAAACAGGAACCCCAAACCCCAGGGUGUGGGUGUUUUUCCCACCACAGGCCUCCCUUCUACCCCCAGAAAGGGAGAAUGAUGAGUCAUACAGGCUGCAGUCACCAGGCCAACUCCAAGGACCAGAGUUGCUCCAUCAGGGAAGGGCAAGUCAGACAGAAAGAGUCCUUGAAAAGUGUCAGAGCCAAUGAUGAGCCAUUGGGUCUGAGUCACCUCCCAUCCCGGACCCUCAAGAAGACUUUGUCUCCAGUCAGUCCCUGCCAGUAUGGGCCAAAUAUGCCAGGUGCCCUAGGCCACCAUCAGCACUGCCUGAAGCAGUGUUUUUCUCAGGGAGGUGUCUUGCCUGGUCAACCGUAG